AUGGUUUUGCCUCAGGGCAUGGCGAAUUCACUCUCCAUGCGUCAAUAUUUUGUUGAUUCAGUUUUACAUUCCGCUCAUAAAAAGUUUCCCCAGGCAUAUUUGGUCCAUUACAUGGAUGACAUUUUAUUGUCUACUUCUACUCACAAAGAAUUGCAAUGUAUUUGUGAAUUUGUCAUCAGUUGCUUACAGGAUGCUGGUUUAACAGUAGCCACAGAAAAAAUCCAGACUUUGCCUUCAUUUCAGCACUUCAUAUUAAAGCAUACUUCAGUAAAUUACCCAAAGAUCUCUAUUUAUCAGGAAAAUCUAAGGACUCUUAAUGACUUUCCAAAACAGUUAUUUGAUAAUAAUUGGAUCCGUUUCUCCUUUGGAAUUUCAAAAUCAGAGCUCAGUGAAGGAAUUGAUCCUGCUCUCACCGGACUUCAUAAUUUAGGGAGUACUUGUUACAUGAAUUCAGUACUACAAUGCCUAUAUAAUAUCCCGAAUUUGGCUAAUUACUUUUACCAGAACCAUUAUAAAGAGGACAUUAACAGGUCCAAUCCUUUGGGACAUAAAGGCAACGUGGCAGAAGAGUUUGGUAAGAUUAUAAAAGCCUUGUGGGCAGGUCAACACAGCUAUAUCAACCCAAAAGACUUUAAGAUGACCAUUGGAAAGAUAAGUAAUCAGUUUGUAGGGGACAAUCAACAGGAUCCGCAUGAACUGCUUCUAUUCUUGAUGGAAGCUCUUCAUCAGGAUUUGAACAAAGCUGAUAGGCAGAAUAGACAUAUAGAGGGAAAUAGUGAUUAUAUUGUUCACUCAAAACCUGUAAAACAAGCGUGGCAGAGACACAAGCAAUCUAAUGAGUCUAUUAUUACUACACUUUUCCAAGGCCAGCUAAAAACUACAAUUAAAUGCCUCAUCUGCCACCAAGAAUCUCAGAUAUCAGAGAUCUUUAUUCAUUUAUCCUUGCCUUUGACAUCCACAGAUAAAUGCAUGUUGCAAGAUUGCCUUAAGGUGUUUUUCAGAGAAGAGGAACUAAAAGACAAUAAUAAGGUUUACUGCAGCCAGUGCAACACACAGCAAGAUUCCUUAAAAAGGACAAAAAUUUGGAAAUUACCUCCUGUGCUUUUAAUACAUUUGAAACGUUAUUUCUAUGAAGACAAGAUGAUGAAAAAACUGCAGACUUAUGUGGACUUUCCUUUAGAAAACCUUGACUUAUCACAGUAUCAUAUGGGUUCUAAGUACAUCUCUGAACAAUACAAUUUAUUCUCUGUUUUGAACCAUUAUGGUGAAUUGGAAAAGGGUCAUUGCACAGCAUAUUGUAAAAAUUCAGCAAGACAAUGUUGGUUUAGAUUUGAUGAUGAAGAAAUUUCAGAAAUCUCCAAGUCGUCUGUAAAAUCUUCAGCGGCUUAUAUUCUUUUUUAUACUUCAAAGAUACCUGUUGCAACAGAUAUUGCUAUUUAA